AUGAGUAAAAGCACCUUUACCACAAUACUACUUCUCCUCUUUCUUUCAUUUAUAUCCGGAAAGAGGCUGAAUAUCCACAUAAUUCUACACUCACACAAUGACGCUGGCUGGCAGAACACAUUCGAGGGCUACUACCAAGAGAAGACCUCAUUCAUCCUAGAUAACGUGUACGAAGAACUAAUGACCCACCCGCACAAGAUCUUCCACUGGGCGGACAUCGCCUUCUUUGAACGCUGGUGGAGAGACCAAGAUGACCAGGUCAGAUACGAUGUUAAGCAACUGGUGUUUGAGGAUAGGCUCGUUUUUAUGAAUGGAGGAUGGGUCAUGAAUGAUGAAGCUGUUACUAGUUAUAAGGAGAUGGUGGUUAAUAUGAGGACUGGAUUGGAGUUUUUAUGGGAGAUUUUUGGAGUCAGACCAAGGAUUGGAUGGCAGAUUGAUGCUUUUGGAGCUAGUGCUUCUAUGGUAUCUGUGCUGCAUAAGCUUGGAUUUGAGAAUUUGGUACAUAAUAGGCUUAAUCCGGAUUUUAAAACUCAGAUGAGGUCUGGAGAUGGGUAUAAUUUUUAUUGGCAAGGUCAUCAAGUUGACCCUAACCCUGAGGAUUCUAAGAUAUUCUGAUCCAUUUUAGAGAACUUUUACAUUCUUCCUGAUAUGAGGAUGACAAUGGAAGAGAAAUUUUUGAAUGCCAAUAUGACUGAAUACAGUCCUUAUCUCUUUUCUAAUUUGAUACAAAGAUCAAUAGAUUCUAUUGACAGGAUGUCAAAUUUCACAGCAGAAGAGUAUCAUGUCAUGAUUCCAUUCGGAGAUGACUUUGGUUUUGUCAAUGGUAGAAAAGAUUUUGCUAAGCUUGAUGAGCUUUAUGAUGCUCUUAAAGUUUAUUCUGACUCAAUUGGAUAUGAAACUCACAUAAAAUAUGAUAGUCUUGAGAAUUAUUUACAAGACAUUAAGCAACUUGAUUUAGAUUACGGUCUAUACAAGGGAGAUUUUCUCCCUUUCUAUGAAUCUACUCCCUCUUGGGAUUGGAAUGAUUUUUGGACUGGAUUUUAUUCAACAAGAAUCCAUCUUAAAUCUUAUGAAAGACAUGUGUUCCGAAAGUUGCAAAGCAUCAAGACUCUUUUUGCUAUCAAAGCAGCUGAAGAGGGCUCAAUACCAGAUGAUAUCCAGCCUCUGAUCACCGAAGCUCAAAGGAAAUGGGCUAUCCUAAGUCACCAUGAUGCUAUAACUGGAACUCAUUCUUACAAUUCUGAAGAGGAUUAUUACAAGAUUCUUGAUGACUCUUUGAACUUACUUACUCUUGCUUAUGCAAGGAUAUCUCAGUUAGGAGAGACUAUAUCUCCAGAGCAAUUAUCUAUUAUGGAAGGAUUCAUUGAGGCCUUGCAACCUGAAAAUUCUAUGUUAAAUAUUUUUACAGUUGUAAAUCCAACUGCUUAUGCAAGAGAAGAAGUGUAUAAUUUCACAGUGCCAAAAGACCAAGGACCGUUUACAAUCAUCAACCUUGAUGGUGAAGACCAAGACUCCAUAAAUCCAGACAGUUACGUAGUUGAUUUAGAAGAAAUUUCUACCUACUCUCAUAUAAUGAGUAAAAGCAGAAAGGUAUUCCUUAAAGUAAAAAUCCCUGCUUUCGGAAGUCUAAACCUAUACAAAGUUAACUGUGGCCUUUCCCAGGCUGAAUGUGAAAGCCUAGGAGUAAAUAUGGCUAGCUAUGUUAAUUAUGAACCAAUUUCCAGUGAAUAUGAAAUGGAAAAUGACUAUAUUCAACUGAGAUUUGAUUCCUCAGGCGACCUUAAAGAGUAUUAUGACAAAGAUAAUGGGCUCACACAAGAAAUAGAUGAAGAAAUUUUCUAUUUUAGGACUGACGGUUAUACUAGAUCAGGGAUUUACCUAUAUAAUCCAAGAGAAGAGAGAAGCUAUUUCAAGGUUAUUUGGAAACAAAUGAGGAUCUAUGAGAUCCCUGGACUUAAAACUAUUUAUCAGGUCAGCGGAAGAGAUACUGAAACUAAAAUUUUAAGAACUUUUAGCUUAAACCACAAUGGUCAUGAACAAAGUCAAAGGCAAUUCUUUCACCAAAUUGAUGCUUUCACUGAUGAUUAUAUUGAGAUAAAUUACAGAAUCAGCUUUAAGCCCUUUGGAGAGAAUUCAGAAUUUAGGUCUUAUAUUGAUGACUCAAUGAAGUUGAUAGAAAGACCUAUCUUUGACAUAAAUAGUCCCCUUAAAAGAGAAACUGCGUCUGAACUUCUUGGAUUUUACACUUUCCCCUCAGUAAAUGGAGGGAUGCUCGAGGAAACAAUAGAAGGAUCUGGCCAACAAGUGUUCAUUUCAUGGGCUAAUUCAAAUUCUUUGGGUGCUACUCUUUCGGGCCCAAAGGAGGUUAGUUUUGUCAUCUUCAGAAAUCUCUAUAACAAUGACCAAAAAGGAGUCCCAGAAGAUUUGGUAGAGAGCCGUUCCUCAAACCUUCCGAUGAUUUUCAGAAUAGAUGUGGAGGAUGCAGCUUUGAAUCGAAACUUUGCAAAUUUUGCGAUCAAUGAAGCCUUAGUCACUUUCGAAUUGGAGUGGAGCACUCAAGAGAUUGCCUUUUUGCCUAAAUCAAGCACUCUUUUUGGUGACCUAUUUUAUCAUUAUGGCACUGAUGGGAAUUACUACGAAACUUAUCCAACAACUGUGGAUGUAAUAGAGAUCCAGCCUAUUGAAGAACAAGGACAAAUUGUAUUAAAACUAUUGGCUAGAAACAGAUUUGAUACCAUCAUACUAAUUGAUCAAAACUCACUCGGUCACUUUGAUCAGAUUUCAAAAUUUGAGACAAUAGAUCAUGAAGGAACUCCUGAUGAAAGCCAAACCGGAUACAAACAUGAUGCAAAUCGAAUAGUUCUUAGUGAUAUCAGAUACGACUUAAACACCUUCGACUUUGCUGUUCCAGAUAUUACUGUGCCUGAUCAGCACAGUCAGGUGAGACUAGAUCCUUUUGAGAUGAGUGAGUUUGUAAUUAAAAAGAGUUCUUAA